AUGGAUAUGGACUUCUGGGGCGAAGUUGAAGAUAUUGUGGAAAUGGGAACCAGGUAUCUUGCACCUAUAAAAUAUGAAUUUCCUUGUUAUCCGGUCCCUACUAAUGACCAUAGCAGUUGGUGCGCUCAGGAACCCCAAUGGUCUCGAACCGUAGGGCGCUGGUCCUCACCCGAGCAUAGCGCCCCAGAGCCAGGGCAGGUUGAGCAGCAGGUAGGAGGCGACGGCGACGGCCGCCACCUCCACCAGCCCCGGCAGCAGCGCCAGGCGCAGCACGGCGCCGCUCAGCCGGCGCAGCGCCGCCGGCUCCAGCCCCAGCCCCGCCGCCGACAUGAUCAGCGCGAUCGACGCCUGCCUGCAUCACGCACCGCGUUUUCAUUACUCUCUGCUUAUGGACUGAAGGACUAUGGAGAUGAAGUAGCAGUCACGGCAAUAGUGGACAUGGUUAAUUUUUCAUUAAUGAGCGGCGAAUUUCAGUCGGCCUGGAAGACAGCACUUGACCAUCCUUUCCCUAAAAGCGCUAAUUCUACGACGCCUGUUGAUUACCAUCCCAUCAAAUGGGUGCCCCAAGGAGAAAAAAAUGUUGACACAAGGCGCGGCGCCGGCGCCGGAAGAGGGGACAGCGGGGGCUGCCGAAGGUUCGCUUCUAACCUGGCGCGCUGGGGGUGGGGAAGCAAUGAGAGGGCGAACAAAGGUCCCGUGUGGAGAACCACAGGACAACUGCGCAGGGUAAUUGUCAACCAUUCUCAGAAGAGAGAAACUACAAAGUAA